ACUCAACAAGACGCCGACGAAGAUGACCUUCGAUGCGGCUGGCUGGCUCUGCUUGACGUCAAAGUUGCGCGCGCCUGCGCACAGACUCGAGAAGCCGGCCAAAUUUCCAUCUUUUUAUUUUUAUCUUUUUUAUUUGCUUCUUCCUCCCUCUUCAAGCUUUCGAAGACCUUGAAGCGACGACAUGGGCAAUGCUGCCGGCGUGGGGGGUGUGCUGGCCGCCCUGUUCCGACCGGGCCUAAUCGUACCGCACAUAGUUACACCAGUGGGAACGAAAUCAAAAGACAUCAACAGUCUCGACUGGCAAGCGUUGCAUCAAAGAGGCGUCUCGCAUGUUCUCUUUGACAAGGACAACUGCCUGACUCUGCCACAUGCGCCAGACAUCAUUGACGAGCUCCGUCCGGGCUGGGAAGAGUGCAGAAAGACGUUCGAGAGAGGGCAUGUCCUCAUCGUGUCCAAUUCGGCAGGAAGCAGCGACGAUCCCCUUAGCAUUGAGGCUGAGCAACUGGCCAAGACAUUGGAUACCAACGUUCUGGCGCAUCCCCACAAGAAGCCUUCGUCCAGGUGUGCGAAGCAAAUCGUCGAUCUGCUUUCGGCACCAUUGGAGGAUGGCGCAGGUGCUGGGCACGUCCUUGUGGUCGGUGAUCGAGUCACGACCGACAUAAUCCUUGCUUCUCGCAUUGGUCGCUACCUCCGAUCGAGGGGCGGUGAGCAACGCGCGAUCGGAGUCUUGACGAUGAGGGUAUUUGGGAGGGAGAGGCUGGGAACGAGGUUGAUGCGGUGGACCGAGAUGUCGGUCCUGGCUCGUCUGCAGAGGCUCGGCGUUGUUCCAGGGGGAGGAUGGAGGGGGAGCUUGUCUGCGCAAGAGGCCGCGGAGCUAGCUUCCUGGGCGGGAUGCAUCAAGAGCGAGCAGCCACCGCCUCCAAUCGCAGAGCUUGGGCCUGUGGGGCUUGCAGCGUCCACCACAACGCUCACUUACCGCGCCCGGAUAUGGGUCCUAUUCGAAAAGGGCUUCGAUUGGGUUGCGCAAGGCUGGAACUUGCUCAUGGACGGCAUGGCGCUCGGUACAAAAUCCCUUUCUCUCAUCACUCCGGACCGACCUCGCAAAGCGCAGUCGAGCCUUUCUCCCUCAUCCUCCUCGCUCUUCUCGACUUCCACGUCUUCGAUUCGCCGUCGUCUCAUCGAGCAAUCUUCAUCCGCCCUGUUACCGCCAAGACAGAAUCGCUUGUAUUCCUCAAAGACUCGAAGGGGACCCCCACCACCACCACCACCACCACCGCGGCGGGCACCUGCAUCCGCUGCAUCAAGAUUGCAGCAGCAGCAGGUGCCUCGAAGGAAGAGCAAUUGGCCGGCAGCGCUGGCUGCUUUGGUCCUCAUGCCGACCUGCUGGUUUGGAGGAGUCUAUCUGCACGACGUCAUCAAUGGCGAUCCACUCGACAACCUCGCCAAGGUCCCAAACACAGAGGAAAAAGCCAGGGCGCCGGCUGUGCCUUCACCACCUCCCGCCAACCCGGCCGCAGCGACGAACAUCAUUGGGCCAAAGCAAGAUGUUUCGCUGCUCACAGCGCGCUUGCAUCUCGAGCGCGAGCUCGCAUCCAUCGAGGCAAAGCUCGACCAGCAGCACCGUCUUCAUCCCGCUCACCAGCGGGAGCAGCAGCAGCGAUAGCACAAGCAAAGUUCAAGGGCAUGAUGAUGGAUGGUAUUAUCGCUCUGUUUCGUUU